AAUUGUUCUCCACUUCUGCUGAUCACAGGGCAUCCCAUAAAUCUGCUUCCCACUAAGGCCUGGAUGCCUUCCUCCCAGCUCCUGGCAUAGAUGGACAGACAGGCCCAAGGAUGUCCCAAGACAGCCACCUAUGCACAGCUCACACACUCUCCCCUGACAAUUGUAGCUAUGUGCACCAAUAUGCAUUUGCACACCUCAUAAGCACAGACACACACCAUGCACACCUAUAUAUCUGUGCAAACCACCUAAGGUCCCUCCCGGCUUUGUGUAUACAGCUCACCCUUGCACCUCUACCCCCAGGCUGCACCAUCCCCUGUGGGAUCUGAACUCCCGGGCAUCAUCCAGGAAGACGGAGAAUGGCCCUGAAGACGUGGCUUCUGUGUUUGCUGCUGCUAAGCUUGGUCCUCCCAGGGGCUUCCAGCCGAGCCCACCAGCACUCCAUGGAGACACGAACCCCUGAUAUCAAUCCUGCCUGGUACACGGGCCGCGGGAUCAGGCCUGUAGGCCGGUUCGGCAGGAGAAGGGCAACCCCGAGGGAUGUCACUGGACCUGGCCAACUCAGCUGCCUCCCACUGGAUGGACGCACCAAGUUCUCCCAGCGUGGAUAACAGCCCAGCUCAAGAAGACAGUGCUGCUGAGCCCAAGCCCCCACUCCCUGUCCCCUGCAGACCCCCCUCUACCCUCCCUCUCCUCUGUUCUCUCUCUAAUCUAAUAAA